AUGUCUCUCGCCCGAAAUGUCGGACCCCUCGAAGGCUUCGACUAUGAAGCGCCGCCUGGAGUUACUCCUCAGCCUCCCAUUGGCACCGCCAUAGUUCCAGACGAGGAGGAACAGUCUCGCCUCCCUCUCCUUACCCCAGUGGCAUCCACAUCCACCAACAUUGCCAGGUCAAGAUCUCGACGCUUGAGCUUCGAUGCUUUUGCCCAGCCCGCUGCCCUCCUCGACCCCCCAGUUGAGAGAACGGAGCGCCGUGCUUCCGCCUACAAAGUCUCCAAUGCGAAACGAUUCGUUGUGACCGCAAUUGUGACCUGCUGGUUCGCGUCGGGUAUCACUUUUGGAUUUGCUGCUCUAAAGCCAAUUCUUAUUGCCGAAGGAAUAUACAGAGAUCUGUGUCCCGCAGACGAUGUCAAUGCCGACCGGGACCCCAGAAUCCCCUGUAACCAACAGGAUAUGCGUCUCAACCUCUUCUUCGCCGUCGCCUCCAUCACCGCGAACGUCGGAUCCCUCGCAGCGGGGACUGUGCUGGACCGUCUGGGCCGACGAGCCGCCUGGGUACUAGGCUGUCUCUUCUUCGCCGCCGGCUGCCUCUUCAUGGCCUACUCCUUCGUCAUCCCCCACUUCGACGGCUAUCUGGUGGGGAACUUCUUCCUCGGCCUAGGCGGCACGUUCCUCUUCGUACCCAGCUACCGGCUCGCCAACGCCUUCCCGCGCUACGCAGGCCUCAUCAUCGCCCUGGUCACCGGCGCCUUCGACGCCUCCGCCGCCGUCUUCCUCUUCUACCGCAUCGCCUACGACGCCACGGGGGGCCGCCCUUCCCUCGAGACCUUCUUCUUCUCCUACCUCGUCGUGCCGCUGCUGAUCCUCCUCGCCGAGUUCACCUACAUGCCGCGCCACCCCUACCAUUCCGCCGGCGAGCUCAAGGCCAAGAUCGAACACUCGGCCGACCACGCGCGCGACGUCCACGCAUCCGACGACGACAUCUCCGAAGAAGGCGAGCGCUUAGAUGUCCAGCAGAAACGCGCUGAGCGUCGACGCGCCCGCCGCGACGCGCUGGAGGAUCUCACCGGCGGACAGGAAGCCCGCGACGAGCGAGAUCGCGAGGAGGAGCACCGCCUUGAGGCGUCCGGUGUCUGGGGCAUGCUCCACGGCCUACCCGCCCACAGCCAGAUGAUGACGCCGUGGUUCAUACUCGUGCUGCUGCUCACGGCGCAUCAGAUGCUGCGUAUGAAUUUCAUCAUCGCUACCUUGCGAGCCCAGUACCGGCACAUGCUGGGCAGCGAUGAGCUGGCUGAGCGGGUGAACCACUUGUUCGACGCCGCGUUGCCCAUCGGUGGCGUCCUGGCCACGCCGUUUGUGGGAAUCCUGCUCCAUAGCUUUACGGUGCCGACCAUCUUUAUCGUGUUGACUGCAUUCAUUGUUGCCGUGUCGUUUCUCAACUGUCUGCCAUAUGUAUGGGCCGGUUAUGCCAUGGUCAUUGGAUUUUCCAUGUAUAGACCACUGUACUAUUCGGCCAUUUCGGACUACGCCACUAAAGUCUUUGGCUUCGCGACAUUUGGACGCAUCUAUGGCGCUCUCGUAUGCUUUUCGGGCUUCUUUAGUUUCGGCCAGUACGGUCUCGACGCCUGGACCCAUGGUCCUCUCGAGGGCGACCCUUUCCCCGUCAACAUCUUGUUGGCUACCACAGGCACCCUACUCGGCAUUACCCUGGUCGUCUUUAUGAUGGUGAAUAUCCGUCUCCAUGCAGAUGCGGUAAAGGAGAUCAAGGAUCAGGCAGGUCUGGAGAGGAUGCCGCUGAUCGGGGAAGAGGAGGAGCAUCAGACACAUGAUUACGGUUCUACAGAUACUCGGCGAUGA